AUGCUGGCACACACAUACAAGAAACCUACUGAAGCGUUUGGCCCUCACUGGCAUUUACUCCCGAUUAUGUCUUCCACUGACAACUUCUCUGCAUCCAACAUCUCCACCCAACUUCAAUCUCCUGAUCAGCUACUAUACCUAUGCGAAGUAGUCCAGAAAUCAGAGGACUACUCAAGAUUGCAUCAACUCCUUGCCUAUUGUCGCGAUGCUGCACCGCCAAACGUUCAGCAGAGUGACACUGUUGUCAAAUGUCUCGCUGUAUUAGCACUUCUCGAAGGUCGCUAUCAAGAUGUCUUCGCUAUUCUUCAGACACGAUACUUCGCACCUAGACAUCAUGCCAGACUGCAGGAAAUCUGGUUGAGAGGUCAUUACGAGGAAGCUGAACAGGCUAGAGGGUGCUCGUUGAGUGCUGUCGGUCGUCAUCGGCUAAGAAAGAAACACCCACUUCCUCCAACCAUCUGGGAUGGAGAGGAGACGAGCUAUUAUUUCAAAGAGAAAUCUCGAAAAUUGCUGAGGCAACAGUAUGCCGAAAAUCCCUACCCUUCACAAUGGGAGAAGAAAGAAUUGGCUAGGAGAACAGGGCUCACUGCUGUCCAAGUCUCCAACUGGUUCAAAAAUCGACGCCAACGGGAUCGAACUGGAGAGUGUUUGUCUCCAGCAUCCACUAACAAUUCGGCAUCGUCAUCAUGGAAAUCAACAACACCUAAACCAAAGACAGAAGAAGCCCCAAAAUUUGAGCUCAAUUCAGCUCGAAGUCAGUCCUGCUUUCCCCCACCCACUACUUCCUUCCAGAAUGUUGACCCAAGCAAUUCUCACACUACCUGGAGCGAUCUAAACGAUUAUCCAAUGCCUUUUGCAAACCUCACGGAUGAAUAUUCGUCAUAUCGAAGUACGAGCCUUGCCUAUUCGAGCUCUACUUCCCAGCAGAUGAUAUAUCAACCAGCGGGAGAUUUCAUACCAUUUACCGCUCCUAAUCCCCUUCCUCCACCACUACCACAACACUCUCAAUCAAUACCAUGGAAAUCGACUGUCUCCCCAACAUCACAAACGACCACCUCCUCAUUCGAUAGUUUUCCUGAAACCUGCCAGGGCGAUGAAUUCAACUGUUCGCCACCAAACGUGUACAACCCACAACCAAUCAUUAACCAAUCAGUACCGUUGACGCAACAUCAUCAUCAUCAUCAUCAUCACCAGCAGCAGCAGGAUCAUCAGAUCAACCAGCAACACUUUCCUCAAGUUGUUCUUCAUUGGACAGAGUAG